AUGGAGAAUUUCCUUAGAUCCAAGGAGUUUUGGUCAGUUGUCAAUAUUGGCGUGCAAGAGCCAACUACUGGUAUUGCUUUGUCGGAAGCACAAAAAGCAGAGUUAAAUGGUCUAAGAUUGAAAGAUCUCAAAAAGAAGUAUAAGGGAACAACAAAGGCCAAAAUGGCACUAUUGCAAUCUUUUCGUGCUAAUUUUGAGACUCUACAAAUAAAGAUGAGAGAAUCAGUUUCAGAGUACUUUUCGAGGACAAUGGCAAUAGCAAAUAAGAUGCGGAUACAUGGUGAAAAGCUGGAAGAUGUCACUAUUAUUGAAAAGAUCCUUCGCUUCAUGUCGUCGAAAUUCAACUAUGUUGUUUGUUCAACUGAGGAAUCAAAAGAAACCAAUGAACUUUCCAUUAAUGAAUUGCAAAGUUCACUGUUGAUUCAUGAGCAGAAAAUGAAUCGACAAACCAGCAAGGAACAAGCUCUUCAACUCUCAUCCAACUAG